CACCAACAACAACAAGCAGCAAGCCGCCAAUGAUGAGCACCGCCAAGGAGCGCAUUGCAGCGCACAAGAAGCGCGUGGAGGAGCUGAAGCGGGCUCGCCAUGCCUUUCAGCUGCAGAAGGCGGAGGAUGGGGAGAAUGAGGUGUUCUUGGAAGCUGGGCGCGCGCGGUCGGGAUCCACUUUAAGUACACUGAGUCACUUGUAUCCAGAUGCACGCGCACGGUCUGGGUCUGUCCUAUCACGGCUGAGCAAGCCGGGGCAAGAGGAUGACGGCGGCACGCCUGCGCGGUCCGGCUCCGACGCCGCAAAGGCUGCGCAGUCUGCGCGCAACGCAGCCCUCAAGUCGGAAAUCGACAGCCUGAAGAAGCAAGUGACCAGCUUGCAGCAGGAGAAGGAGGCUGCUGUGGACGCGCACAAAGCCGCUGCUCAGAAGCUGGAGGAGGCUGAGGCCGAGGGCGACACGCAGCUUGCUCUCAUCGCCAAGCUUCAGGAGCAGCUCAGCAGCAAAGUCGAUGCCACAGCCGCUCCAUCGGAAGGCAGCGACGACGCCGGCGCCCAAGAGGCCCUCAAAGACUUUCAACACUACGUCACGCAUCUGCGGCAGAAGCACACGGAGGAGCUUACAGCGGUGCAGGAGGCGCUCAAGACAACACAGGAGCAGCUGCAGAGUGUGAGCGACGAGUACAGCGCAAAGCAGGCCGAAUGGGCUGGCGUGGCAGAGAUGCUCAUGUCAUCUUCAAAGGGCGCAUCCAUCAUGCAGGGUGACGCAGACCUGUCCAUCGUGUUGGAGGAGCACCAGCUGUACAAGGAGGAGAACGCCGAGCUGCGGGGCAUGCUGGAGGAAGCUUUGGUGCAAGUCGACACGCUUGGCUCGCGGCUCAAGGGCCACCGUGAAGCACAGGAGUUUCUUGAGGCCAGUCUGCAGGAGCUGGAAGACGAGAACCAGCGGCUGCAGGAACAAGUGUCCACUUCGCACGCGUCGCAGCGCUCCGUCACCACACGCGACAGCCACAUUCGUGAGCUGCGGGAGGAGGUGGAGGAGAUGCAGAGCAAGGCGGAGGCCAGCCAGGUUGAGAUGCAGCGCCUGCAGCAGCAAGCCGAGGCGUCACGCACGGCGAUGGACGAUCUUCAGCAGCAGCUCACAGAGGCCCUCAACGCGCGCCAGGCAACAGACACGGAGCUGGACACACUGAGGGCUAAACUGCAGGACAAGGACUCGGAGCUUGAUGGCCUGCGGCAGGAGUUGGUUGAGGCCGAGGCAGCAGCGGCUCGCGCACGGGCAGAGCGCGAACAGGCGCUGUCGCAAAGCACAAUGGCGAAAGCGCAGGCAGAGGAGGCCGCCAUGCGAGCACAGCGUGCCGCAGACUCCGAGGUGCAGGCGGCGCUGACGUCCGCAGAGGGCCAGGAGCGGGAGUUGAAGCGGCUCAACCUGCAGCUGACGGAGGCGCAGAGCCAAUACGAGAGCCUGCAGUCCGAGAUGGAGGGCAUCCUCACCACCGUGCGCAAGGAGCUGGCGGAGUCGCAGGGUAACGCGCAGACGGCGGCCAUGGCUGGGCUCAGCUUGUCGGAGCUCGUGGACCAGCUCAAGGAAGACAAGCUUCGCAGCGGGCGGGAGUGCGAGCAGGCGCAAGCGGCGCUGGCAGAGGCACAGGCGCGGCUGCAGGAGCGAGAGGAGCUUCUGACACGCGUGAUGGAGCACCUCAAGUCGCUUGGCCCGCAGGAUGGCGGCGAGGGCGACGGGGACACGGACGCGCUGAGCAACCUCACGCUGCAGCUGCAGCGGGCAAAGGACGAGCACGACCACAUGCAGGACGCCAUCACGCAGCUGGAGGACGAGGUAGACGCGCUGCAGGCCAAGGUACGCGGCCUGGAGACGGAGCGGAAGGACUUGGCGCGCAGCAAGGAGGAGCUGGAGGCGUCCCUGUCCGGUACGCAAGAUGACCUGCGCGACGUAUCGGGGCGCUUGGAGGAGCGUGAGGCCAUGCUGAAACAGGUCAUGGACUUUCUCAAGGGCGCAAAGGAGGGCAAUGACGCGGACGGCGCAGACACGGGCGAGGGUGGCGACGACAAGGAUGCGUCGUUUGCAGCCAUGGGGCUGGACGCACUGGCAGAGCAGCUGGCAGAGGCGGAACGCGAGCGCGAGCGACUGCGAAAGGCGUGUGUAGCGGCGGAGAACGAGCUGGCGCAGAGCAAGGAGGAGGUGGCCAGGGUGACGCAGGCGCUGCGUGACGAGGAGGAUGCGCGGGCAGCGCAGGCGGAGGAGCUCGAGCAGACGCAGCGGCGGGAGAAGAUGCUGCAGGAGAAGGUGGGCGACCUGGAGGCAAGCGAGGCCGCCCUGCGCGACCAGCUCUCUGCUGCCGAGGAGAAGGUGAAGGCGCUUGAAACUGAGCUGCAGGCGAAGACGGACGAGCUUGAUGCCAUCCGCGCAGAGCUUGAGUCUGUGAGCGCCAACAUGCGCGCAGCGGCAGAGGCCGGGCUGUCCCUCACGGAGAUGCUGAACAAGCUGAAGGAGGAGCACGCAGCCAAAGUUGCGGCGCUGGAGGCCGAAAUCAGCGACCUGAAGAAGAAGGUGGCCGAGUACGAGCGCAUCCUGCAAGGGGUGAAGGAGAUGCUUGAGAACCAAGGCGAGCAGGGCGACGCAGAUGCCGGCGACAUCAUCGCGCAGCUAAAGAAGCGGCUGGAAAUGAGCGAUGCGCUGCAGGCAGAGCUUGAGCGGUCGCUCCGGGAGAUGGAGGAGGAGCUUGCUGCAAAGGACAGCGAACUUGCCCAGCUGCGCCAAGACCUGGAGCAGCUGCAGCUCAGGAAAUCACAACUCGAGGAGCGGCUGGCCGACCUGCAGCAGCAGUAUGACGAGUUGGAUGCGCAGUAUCGCAAGCUUGAGGCGCUGCUUGCCUCUGCCGGCGGUCACGGUGACGACCGUGAGGAGGAACUCGUGCAAGAGGGCGCGGCAGCAGACAUGAGCAUGGGCGAGCGCCUGCAGAAGCUGCUGCAGGAGCUGCGGGAGCAGGCAGAGGAGAUUGCGCGCCUGAAGGCUGCUGAGGCAAGUCUGCGCUCGCAGGUGGAGCAGCUGGAGAAGGACAAGGCCGAGGCGCAGGACACGAUUGCGGACCUGGAGGACCAGGUCGCGGCGCUGCAGCAGGCGCGCGAGGAGGUGGAGGGGAAACUGGAGCGGGCAAUGGAGCGCAUCCACGAGCUUGAGCUGGAGAUUGCGCGGCUCAAGGCGCAGCUGGAGAAGCUGAAGACGCUGACGGCGACGCAGCGGCUGGCGCUGGAGCAGCACAAGGAGGUGAUUGAAAAGCUGCGGCACCACACCACAGACACGGCGCACACGCUGCUGAAGAAGGAGCACACGGAGCACCGGGACGAGGUGGAGGACAUGGCGCGCGUGACAGCGCUGCAGGAGGAGUUGCGGCGGCGGGAUCAGCUGAUUGAGGAGCUGAAGGACCGCCUCAGGCGCGAGCGCGAGCUGCUUCGCCGCCGGUACCUGAGCAAGUGGCGCAACGACACGCCCUCGUGCGAGGGCUGCGGGCUCAACUUCUCGCUGCGCGUUCGCCGCCACCACUGCAGGCUGUGCGGCAAGGUGAUGUGCCACGCGUGCUGCUCGGAUCGCGUGCGCACGUCCUCCAACCGCCGGCCCGUGCGCGUGUGUCGGGACUGCUUCGACCUCAUUGUGGACAUUGAGCAGGAGGAGCAGGACGUGAUGCAAGACGCGCGCACGGCGUACGAGCAGGCACGCGAGAAGGCGGAUGACAACGCGCUCGUCUCUGUCACCCUGCACAAGCACCAGGCGAAUGACCCCGUCGGCGCCGACUUCCACUACGAGGACCUUGACUUUGAGCUGAAGGUGACAGUAGCGCGCGUGCUUGACAAGACACCGGCGAGCGCUGCGGGCCUCAAGCCAGGCAUGCUGAUCAUGGGCAUCAACGGGCAGGAGGUGUCUGAGAUGCUGCAGGAGCAGUUUCAGGAGAUUCUCCGCUCCGAGAAGGACAUUGUGCUGGAGACGGUGACGGCGACGGCCAUGGAGCGGGCGCGCGCCAUGUCACAGCUGACAGACCACGCAUCAGACACCAGCGGCACCACCACAACCACCACAACCACCACAGCACCGCCCACAUCCACAGCAGCGGCCACAGCAGCGGCAGCAAAGGCAACGACAACAAAGCCUGCCACCACCGUCGCUACCGCGACACGGCAUCAGAGCAAGGACCAGGGCGCUGGCAGUACCGCGGCAUCUCCCACGACACAGAAGAAGGGGAAUCAGUCCGGACAGCAGCGCAAGCAGCGCGGGGAAGGACUGAGCACAGCGGUUGCGGGUGUUGCGGCCAUUGUUGGCGGUGCGAAACAGCACAACACGCUUCGUCCCAUUUCUCCGCGCGGCAACGUGGAUGUGCAUGGCGAAGCCAAUGGGGCGCGCAGCGUGACGCUGACGCCUGUGUCGCAGUCAACGUCACCGCACCCGCCCCAACAGCAACAACAACAGCAACAGCAACAACAGCAUCAGCAGCAACAGCAGCAGCAGUCACACGCGCAGCAGCAAGGGCGAACAGCGACAACGGGGGGAAAGAAGACCAAGAAGCAGGAAGGCAGCGGCGCAAAGGCGACCGUGUUUCCCGCUGCCAAGCAGGAGUUGAAGCGGCCGGAGAGUAAUGGGCGCAAGCAACAGGAGGCCACCACGGCGAGUACAGCCAGCUGGAAUCCGUUUGCGGCCACCACAAUUGAGACGCAGAAGAAGAAGCAGCCGAAACAGAAGAGGGAGGAGCAACAGAAGCCGAAGCAGCAACAGCAGAAGCGGAAGUCAUGUCACCUCACACUGCACGCUGCUGCACUGCCCCUGCCCACAAAACAAGAGCUUGGUGCGCCAAAAUUGUGA